AUGCCGUCUACAAAUAAAAUGAAAUCAUGCGGACGUCGUAAACGACUACGUUAUUUUGAAUCCACUACAGAUUUAAUAGCACGGAAAUUAAUCACUUAUGGUGAAGAAUUCAAUCAUAAUCAAGUACAUACAUUGUUAUUAUCACUUAAAUCGCGUAAAUCAUUAGCACAUAGUAAACUACGCUGUGAACCAGAUGGGAUACGAUUAAAACGUGCUUCAAAAUUUGGUCCACCACCUCCAAGAAAAUUUUAUCCAUAUAAAGAUAUUGAACGAUAUUAUGUAUUUGAUAAUGAUCCUACAAUACUUAUAUUAGGCUGUGUUGAUCAUGAACAACAUAGUCGUUAUUAUGAUUUUUUUAAAUUACCUGAAUCCCAUUAUAAAGAUAUUACUACACUUAUUAAUAAAGCUAGAAGUCAUUCUGAUUAUAUAUUAAAUGAAGAUGAUACAACUUUACCAACACCAGGUGUAUAUUCAUCACAUUCCAGUUUGAAUGUAUCCAAUGAACAACUUUCACAAAAUAAUAUUUCUAUGCAAGAAACUAUAAAUUUAAAUCAGAAUAAUGAAGUACCUAUUGAUAAUUUACAACAAACAAGUAAUGACAAUAUAACUAAUGCUAGUAAUAAUAAUUUACAAAUGAAUGAUAAUUAUUCAUUAGAGAUUCAACAAAAUAUAGAUGAUACCAUACAACAACAACCUAUUGAUAAAGAUGAUGUGAUUAUACAUGAUCAUGAUGAAAAUCAUCAAAAUUUAGAUGAACCUAAAAUGAUUAAAUGUGAAUUUGAACCAUGUGAUGAACCAAUAGAAAAUAUGAAAAUAGUGGAUUAUACAAAAGUAUCAUCAACAUCAUCACAGCCUAAUAAUCAGAAAGUGAUCCACGAAAAUAGUGAUGAUGAUCAUGAUGAUAAUAAUAAUAAUGAUGAUAAUGACAAAAAUAGUUUAAAAAUCAAAUUUAAUGAAUUAAAAGAAAAAGAUAAAACAUUUGCAAAAUUAACAGAAAAUAUCAAUGUCAAUGAUUUAUCAGCUGUAGAUUUUCGUUAUGUUUCAACUAAUCCUGAUCAAGGUAAUCGUAUUGUUGAUAAUGGUGAUAUUUAUAUAUUUAUUGCACAUUAUAAAAGACCAGAAAAUAUUAAGAAUUUUAUUGAUUAUAAUAAUUAUAUUGAUGAAACUGAAACUGAACAACAAAUAACUGAUAAAAUUUAUAAGAAACAUCAUAGUACAGCGGAUAAAUCAUUUUCUUUACGUUACAUUUAA